UUAUACAGAUAAGAUUAUAUUACAAAGUUUCAAUCACAUUACGUGUUUAUACUUCAAAAGCAAUUCGUAAUUGAUUUUGACUGCAUAAAAAUAAACAAUAUUGACCUGCACAUAUUAGAGGUUAAAGAAUAUAUUUUAAAUCAACGAGAAAGAAAGCUUUUUGGAAUAUAUAGAAAGUAAUGGACACAGAAUAAUGCAUAUGUUAUGAAAUCUCAAUAAGUCUGUUUAUUAUUUUGAAUGUAAUCAUCCUUAGAAGCAUAUUUGUAUGCACAAUACACAAUGCCUAAUUGUACACAUUAUCAUGGACACAUUUCUACAAAAUGCACUCGUCUUCAGUACAAUCAAGGCGUCACAAGUUCUUAAGAAAAUUUUACUAUACAAUUGCUAUCAUAAUAGCAUAUGUUACUUUUUAUUAUGCACAUACUCAUUGUAAAUACCAAUCGCCUAAUAACACAAUCGCUGUAAAAGUUAUAAACAAUUACAGCAUAUAUUAUUUACAAAAUCACACGACACAGGUCGCAGUUAACAAACCAAAACUAGAAACGAAAUACAUACUUCUGUGGACAAAUCCACAUAAUUCCCCAUUCGUGUAUUUUGGUAAUGGAAGUGCAGUGUUUGAAAAUAAAAAGUGUCUGUGGAAAAAUUGUUACGUUACUGGAGACAGAAAUUAUUUAGGAGACUACAGCGAAUUCGACGUAAUUGUCUUUAAUGGACCGCAGUUGAACCAAAUAUUAAACUAUUAUGACAUACCAAAGAAACGUCUCCUAUCUCAAAAGUACGUAUACGCUAAUGUAGAAUCAGCCGCUACUUAUCCCAUUUGUUCAGAUAUAUGGAAUGAUUUUUUUAAUUGGACUUGGACCUACAGACUUGAUUCCGACUCCAUUUGGGGGUAUAUUUCGGUGAGGAACGCAACCGGGCAUGUCAUAGGACCCAAUGAGAUAAUGAAUUGGAUAAAUAUAUCCGACAUGGAUGAUAUUGAUGAAAAACUAAAGUCUAAGUUGAAAUCCAAGAAGAAACUGGUUGCAUGGUUUGUUUCUAACUGCGACAGUAUGAGUUUAAGAGAGGAGUAUGUAAAAAUUUUUCAACAAGAAUUGCGUAAAUAUAAUUCGGAUGUCGAUAUAUUUGGCAGUUGUGGAAAACAUCAGUGUCCCCGUGAUAUAAUGCCCCGGUGUCUAGAUGUCUUAGAAAGAGAUUACUAUUUUUAUUUCGCUUUCGAAAAUGCUAUUAGUCAGGAUUACGUAACGGAGAAAAUUUUGUACCCUUUAAAUCACAAUACAGUUCCAGUAGUCUUUGGCGGCGCAAACUAUACAAGAUUUAUGCCACAUGGAAUUUAUUUAAAUGCUCGAGAAAUGGAACCAAAAGUACUUGCCAAGACGAUGUAUGAUAUUACACGAAACUUUGAAGUGUAUUGUAAGUUUUUUAGAUGGAAAAAGUAUUAUUCUUAUCAUUUUAGACAUGAAAUUCCAGAUACAGAUGAUUAUUGUAAUUUCUGUGCAGUGAUUAACAAUGAUAAUCUAAUUAAAACUACAACAGUAUACAAAGAUUUUGAUAGAUGGUGGGCGGGUAAUGAUACUUGUUUUUCAAAUAAUGAUGAUCACUUAUACGAAGAUAAAACAAUUUAG